AUCAGUGUGGCAGAGACUAGCUGGCAUCAGGGAUCGGGGCUCAGGGGCUCUCCUCAGGGUGGGCACCUGCCAAGCGACUCCCAACAACGAUGUCCUUCUCCGGCACCAAUCUCAAGCUGGAGCGGCUAGAGGAGCAGCAGCUGGAGGGCCCCGCCUACCAGCUAAGCCUCCAGAACCAACCUAGGGGCUGUGGUGACAUGGCGGGCCCUUACCCUGACAGUGAUCUCAUUUCCCAAUGGCUGCGCAGGAGUGUGAAGGCCAAGCUGGCAGAGGCCUGUGACUCGGGCGAGUCUUCCCAGGGGGACAGGGAGGUCCCGGCGAAGAGGGGUCUGGAUCCAGAAGGUGCCAAGGACUUUGCCUGGGCCAAGCGGGCCCGGGUAGAGAACAUUGUGUGCAGCAUCAGCAGCUCGUACCGUGAUGGGGGCCUGGAAGAAGGGAGCACCAGGUAUGGCCGCUCCCGCCGGGCCCAGGAACGGAGCCAGCUCAAGCAGCAGCUGGAGAAGAUGCGUGAGCAAGUGUUCCAGCUGCAGGAGAAACUGUGCCAGAUCUACAGCGGGGUGGCCCAAGAGGAAGGAAGCAACGUGGGGGCAGCCUGGUCCCAGGAGCCAGGAAGAGUUGGAGCCAGCACCCAGCGUCCUGGGGGAGGGAGUAGGCACUCUGGCACCCUGGCCGAGGCCUUGAAGGAGGAGCUUGGAGCAGCCAUGACCCAGGUGGUGGACACGGUCGUGCAGGUGUUUGCCCGCCAGCAACCCCCACCGGAGGAGCCCCCCUGCAGUUACCCAAGUGACCAGACAGAGGCACUUCCUCUAGUGGUGAGGAAGAGCCUGCCCCGUGCCACCCCUGAGCUGGUGGCCGGCACCUUCCCCCAGCCCAUUGCUGUGCCACCAUACGUGGCGGCCUUCAAGGACAGAGCAGCGGGAGAGGCCUACUGGGAGGGUGUGAGCCUGCGCACCAAGCUGUCCUCACGCCACCUGCUGCGGCCGCACUGUGCCCUCUUCCAGCUGGCAGGGCCAACUGAGCGCCAGCUCCCCAAGAGCCAGGCCACAGAGACGCACCAUGGCCUGGAGCCAGCCCUCUACAAGCCCUCAUCCCAGGAGGGCCUUACCCCUGGGCACUUGAAGAAGGCCAAGCUGAUGUUCUUCUACACUCGCUAUCCCAGCUCCGGGACGCUCAAGACCUAUUUCUCCGACGUCAAGUUCAAUCGCUGCAUCACGUCCCAGCUCAUCAAGUGGUUCAGCAACUUCCGGGAGUUCUUCUACAUCCAGAUGGAGAAGUUCUCACGCCAGGCACUGAGCGAUGGGGUGCUCAGCGCCGAGACGCUGACUGUCACCCGGGACUCAGAGCUGGCACGUGUCCUCAACCAGCACUACAACAAAGCCAAUGACUACGAGAUCCCCAGCAAGUUCCUGGAGGUCUCCCAGAUCACCCUGCGUGAGUUCUUUAGUGCCAUCUCCCGGGGCUGUGAUGCUGACCCCUCCUGGAAGAAAUCCAUCUACAAGGUUAUCUGCAAACUGGAGUGCGACAUCCCCGAUGCCUUCAAAUCCCCCCACAGCCUGCCGGACACUGUGCAUGAGUGACUGGGGGAGGGGUGCUGCAGAGUUGGGGUCCUUGGCGGGGGGCAAGGGAGGAGGGCUCUGGUAAUUUAUUGCUGAUGUGAUCCACUAUGUCGCUAAGUUGCUGGCUGAGGUAGGGGUGGCCUUGACACCACCUAUGUUUCAAAAUUAUCCUCCCCACACCUAUCAGAGGAGGUUUCAUUGGGAGAGUGUGGGGAGUGCAGGCCAGGGAGGGAUCCCAGCAGUGGGGGAGGUAGGUGACAUGGAGAGUGCAGGCCAGGGUUGGGGAUGCGGUAGGGAUCCCAGCAGUGGGGGAGGGAGGCGGCAGCAUGGGAGGUACAGGAUGGU